UUAGCCAAUGCCGGAGUGACUUCACUAGCUCCGGGAAUGGGCUUUACGACGGCUACCGGAGCGCGUCAAAAUCCGAUGUCUCUUCUUUUUCGUUUCUUUGAUUUCUCUUUUUUUUUUUGGUUUUUUUUUCGAAUCCAAAAAUUCGAUGAUUUAUCAAUUUUUUUUUCAUUGUACCCAACCAGACGAAACGUUGUACACAUUAUACAAAUUUGAAACAGGUUGUCGUUCGCAUCGAAGUACGGAGACAACUUUGUGGCGUCGGUGAAGUUCGGGCCAGUUAUUUUUGCCUUUGCGUGGAGUAUAGGUUUCGAAUUCGCAGAAUAUUUGUCAUUACUCCUAACGGCAAAACUGACAAAAUGAGCAUGGGUAGCCCCAUAGAAGGCGUACGCAAGUCACGAGUACGACAAUCAGUACGCGGUAUAACGAUAAAAUCGCUGGAACUUUCGGUGAACAUUCUGUAACAAACAAAAGACUUUGGUAACUAUAUGUACGGCCAUUGAUAAGCGCCGUAGUGUUCGUCGGAGUAUGGAGAAAAUUGUAAAAUGUGGAUGACCUUAAUCUCUUACGAUUCCGAGAAGAGAAAAAAAAAAAAAAUCGUAACAAGGAUUUCAAGAGAAUUGUGAUAGUCGAAAUCGUCAACCGAGGCGGCCGCGAUGAUCUCACGUAUUCAGAUCUCAUUUAUUCCGCGAUUCAUCGUUAUAUCGCAUCGGCGGCGAGAACGAGACGCGUGAAUAUCGAAAGAACGAUUCUCUCUUUUCUUUUUUUUUUUAUUUUCAUUCGAACAAAAACUCGUGACGUACCAUCACCCCGGCAUACCAUCGUUGGAUUUGCUUCCGCGUUGACCAGAGAAACGAAAAACAGGGUCGGCUCUAAUCAGUCGGACGAUCGGUCGUGCAUGGCGUCAAACCGAUUGAUGAAGAUAUAUCGAUCAGCCGGAAGGCGCGAUGACAACCGACCUGCAGCUCUUCUGCCGCUGUACCUUUCGAAUCGUAACUCACCGCCAUUUUCGAAGAUUCUUUUUUACUUUUCGAACGAUGAUCUGGAAAAUCGUAACGCGAAAAUCUCGGUGACGUUUGCCGCACAUUCUGAGUGGAAAAAUAGAAACUCGAGGCAAACUCGAUGUCUGUAUACGAAUGCUCGUGUGCCGGAUUCCCGGGGUGGACAACCUGGAAGGUCAUCGCCUGGGGGCUCCGAUGCGUUCACCUUAGUCAUCGAGACACUUUUCAACUUCUUGGAGCUGUCGCGCGGCGCCGAUAGCGCGGUUUAAAAACCUAAGGAGACACUGGUGUCAUGUAUAUUUUGAUGGUGGGGUGAUGCGGAGCAACUCGCGUGAACGCAAGUCUCGGAGUUUUCGUGCCCACCGCGGUCUCGACGUGCUUCAUACUUUGGUGGUAAUUUUCCAACCAACUGGCAUCCGCAUGCCCGGUUACAGGGUCUCGACGCGGCCGCGUUUCCUAUCGACAAAUUUUUCAUACUAUACGACGUGUGCGGUGUGAGAUCGAAUAAGAAAAGAAAAAAAAGUGAUACAUCAUUCGUACGGUGAGCGAUCGUCAUGGACGUGCGUCAUUCGAUCGCGUCAAACGAAUUUCGGAAUUCGUAUCGAGGACUGGAUCGAAAAUUUUGUCGCCUGUGAAUUCGAGUAUGAAAUAUCAAUUGUGAGGAUAUGAUCGAUGAAAAAAAGAAUUUUUCGCCAAUAAUUGCGAGUCACUCCGUAGUAGGAGUCCACCGACUGCGGCGUUUGGAUCACUAAUGAAUGUGUAGUAGACAAAUUAGCGCGGUGUGCCAUUUCGGUUAGAGUAACAAGCGGGCUGCCUUUGGUUGAGCAGCCCCUCCGUUCGCGACCCGUUGUCGCCUUGUAUCGAAAGCUUAGCGGCUCGUAAAUCCCAGGGCGCCGUAAACUCGUUUUACUGCUGCACCCACGCGCCGUACGCCCCUUCCUCCUCCGUACAGCCCCUAAAAGAGACGAUCGUUGCGUUUGAAACCGAUGGCCAACCGAUAGAAUUCUCUAAUUCUACCCCGAUAAAAAAUCGCGCAUCGAUCGACGGCUCGAUCGUAGCCAAAUAUUCCACUGAAACGAGAAGUGAAAUGAAAUGAUCUCGAUAUUCCAUAUCUGACCUCAGCCCUUACGUAAUCCUCGUUCUCGAAGCAAGGAUUCGGUUUUGCCCGAGGCUCUAGACUGCGUUCGGAAAAACCAUUGUAGUCGUCAGACAUCGGCGGUUUAGCUAUCGUUUAAGAGGCAUCAAGCCAGAGGGGUACGCAAGGUGGGCGUAGGCGGUGGCUUUGGUCAGGUAGUGAAACGGGCCGAGGGGUGGUAGGCAGGCAGGGGAAGUUUGCAAGUGAAGCAAAUCGUCGGUCAAAGGGUGGGGAAGAAGGGUUAUUGUGUCCGUAAGUUAUUGACCGGUGAUUGGUUGAAAUGACAACUGCUUCGGGGGGCGAAGUUGAACAAAUUGGCGAGGAUACGUCUUCGGAGAUGUCAGUGCAAGUGCGAACUUCAAACGGUGAACACGUUUGCGGUACGUCGAGCUCCGUAACGUUGAACCUGUCGACUACGUCCGACAACGAUACGACACCGAGGGAAUUUGUAUACAACUUGGAGGCAACGAGGAAAUCGAACGCCAUGACGCUCAAGGAUUUCGGACAAUUGACGAAUUCGGAAUGCAGCGCACACGACUCCUUGGACGACGCGAUGUUCCCGCUUUCCCCGUCGAGUCUCGGUUCGAAUACUUCGAGGUGUAGCCUCAAAGAUCGUUCUAACGUCGAUAUGAGGCAACUAGACAUGCAACAGCAUUCGGUACAGUCGUUUUACCAUCAUCAGAACAGUAUCACGCAGCAUUUGGAAUACUCCGUAACGCCGAGGACUUACAAUUGGCAGACAACGGAAAUCAUUCAACAACAACAACAACAUCAACAACAACAACAACAUCAGCUACAGCAGCAACAACAAAUCCAGCAACAGCAACAACACACCGCGAGUGUGUCACCCUCCGCUACCGUAAUUACGGAACCGAGCCAGGCCCGUCAACGUCGUCAGGAAGCCACCCCCAGCAAACGAGCUAGAACUGCUUAUACCAGCGCCCAAUUAGUCGAAUUGGAAAAGGAAUUUCAUUACAACCGUUAUCUCUGUCGUCCAAGACGCAUAGAGAUGGCGGCUCUUCUCUCUCUUACCGAGAGGCAGAUAAAAAUUUGGUUCCAAAACCGUCGUAUGAAGUUCAAGAAAGAGCAAAGGGCCAAGAAAACCGGAGUAGGACCUUCGGAGAAGGCUCAAGACAGCGACAACGGUUCGCCUUUGGGUGCGAACAGGGACUCCGCGGGAGCACAACCCGUUACCGCGGUUCCUUCGCCCCCAAUAUCGUGGGGGAUUCAGGACGGGACUGCCGCCGCCGCCGCCGCCAGACAACAGCAGAACUCCGUCAGUCCAUCGGCGACGUUCAACUACCCCGGUAUCGUAACCCAGCACAAUCGAGUCUCGUCGAACGUUGCGGAGUUCAAAUUCUACGGUGACGAUACGAUCCAACCGUAUUCCAGUGGCUAUCAGAACGCGUCUUCGGUAAGCCCGAUUCAGACCGUCCAGGAACAUCAGCAGCAACAGCAGUCCAGAUACGUCGACAGAGAAAUCACGUUCAUACAGUCCAACGACAGACACGUCGUAUCGGCACCCGAUUACACGCCCAAUGUUCAUUUCAACGACAUUCCGAACACUUACGCGCCAUUUUGGAACAAUUAUUCGUACACGACAGCGUACUCCGCACAGUCGUACCUCAACGCUACCGGAAAUACGUACGCGGAGGCCUACCCCUUACCGGAUCUACUCGAGUUGAAUCAGUACCAACAAAGUUCGAGACAGCAAUUGCAACAUAUGCAGGACGAGCAGAACGCAAAUUUCGAUGAUACCGCGAACGUGCCGAUAAUUCAACCACCCGAAUAUCACGACACUCAGAUGAGUCUCACCCAUCUCUAAUGGAUCAUAUUUUAGCUGGUAUCUCUUUUCCUGAUGGAUAAUUUUAAGCGAACCGCCUAGCGGUGUAUCGUUUUAUUUUUUAGUCGAAGAAUUUUCGAAUGGCAAAAUACGACCGGAACUAGUCUAUCGUCGUAUUCACGAUAAGAAUUACUAGCCUUACGAUCGGAUCCUGAGAAUGGAUGUGGCGGGGAUAUUUUUGGAGCAGUUUUACAACAGAGAAUCAUCGAAUGUUUACCGAGAAAUGAUUAGCCUGAUUUACCGACACGGUUUUUUUUUUCGAUAACGAAAAUCUUUUCAGAUUUGUUACGAGAUAAUUUUCGAGGUAAUUAAAAGUUAACGACGAUCGUAAAUAGAGUUCCCAUCGUUUUCGGAUCUGAUAUUUUACUCAAUUAUUGAAUUAUAUAUAUAUAUAUAGGGAUAAAAAUGAGAGUUAGUCUGAUCAAAAAACAGGAGAAUUUUUUUUUUCUUUUUUUUUUUUUCUAAUAAAAUAUCGUACGAAAUAAGUCUUCUGGAACAUACAGGGUAGUAAGUUUGUGAACGAGAUAUCAAAUAUUUCGAUCAUCGACGACGAUCGAUUAUCGGUGUUCGUUAUACACGAGUAUACGUAUUAAAGGGAAUGUAUAAAUUCGAAAAUUUUUAUAGCCGGAAUUCAAUGACGAAUUUCCAUCGACGUUAAUCUAGACAUACGAGCGAAAUUUGUGUUCGCACAAAUUCCGAGCGAUCUUAAACAUUGACUAGUACUUGAUUAGAUAAUUUUUCAGUCAACGAACCAUCCGAUAUCCUAGUUUUGUAAAUAAGUGUCAGAAGAAUUCAAAAUUACAUGCACUAUACACCCGAUGACACAAAUAUUGUAAAUAAAUUUUCAACAUCCAAUACAAUUUGACCCGAACUCUGAAUAUCAAUGCAUGUGAUGUAAUCGGCCUCCUACUCCCUUUCUGAAAAUCACGACGUUAAUGACUUUGCUAAUUGCACCUCACCCCUACUUUUCCCAUCCUCUUGACGACAACUCCUCCUAAUAAAAUAAGCUCGCCGCAG